UAUAGCCUCACAAAGCUUCUCUCCAUCGACCGAAUUCCGCAAGUCCCACAAUAAACAAACACCACUUUGUUGAUCCUCAUAAUUAUUCCUCUUUCACACUCCUAUCUUCCUCCAUGCCAGUGAGUUCUUGAGAGUUUAAUAUUUCUAGAAUCAAUUUAAAAGGGAUCAUUAUAUAAUUAAUAACAAUCUUAGUUUCCUUUAGUGGGUCUUAACCCUUUUGCCUUUAUAUCCCCUCAAGACAAAAAAAAGAGAGAGCAACAAACACUUUAUGUCUUAAUUUUGUUUCAUCUCUCUUCAUAUUCUUGAGUUUAUAUUUUAAACAAUCUCAAGCUAAAAGAAUGCCCUUGGAGGCUGUCGUAAACCCGCAAGAUCCAGUCGGAUACCUUUCUAAUUGCAAAGAUUUCAUGUUCCACGACUUUUACUACCAAGAAGAGAUAGUAUCUCAAGAUACAAAGAACAACAUUGAUAAGUUAGGGCACGAACAGAGAUUUGUGGAAAACGAUAAGGAGGAAGAACGUCAAUGGGGAGACCAUCAUCAUCAUCAGUGCCCUGUAGUCCCUUCGUUGGAAGAAGAGCUUGGUCUUCCCGCCAUUGAUGUGGAAAAUCCUCCUCCUGUGCAGCAGAGGAGGAAGAAGAGGAGAACAAGGAGCAAUAAGAACAAGGAAGAGAUCGAGAACCAGAGAAUGACUCACAUCGCCGUCGAGAGAAAUCGCCGGAAACAGAUGAACGAGUAUCUCGCCGUGCUCCGUUCUCUAAUGCCGUUGUCGUAUGCUCAAAGGGGAGAUCAAGCGUCGAUAGUAGGAGGAGCCAUUAACUACGUAAAGAAGUUAGAGCACAUCUUACAGUCCAUGGAGCCUAGGAGAACCACGACCACGAGCCAUGAAGCCGACACAAGCACUAGCUCGUUGGUGUGUACCUUCUCAGAUGUCUUCACUUUCCCUCAGUACUCGAAAAAUUCAUUAUCAGAAGUGGAAAGCUCAUCUUCACCGGCGGAAAUAGAAGUGACGGUGGCGGAAGGCCACGCGAACGUCAAGAUAAUGGCGAAGAAGAAACCAAGGCAGCUUCUUAAGCUCGUAGCUUCCAUACAGAGCUUAAGGCUCUCUCUUCUUCAUCUCAAUGUGACCACUCUGGACAAAUUGAUUCUCUACUCCAUCAGCGUCAAGGUUGAAGAAGGGAGCCAACUGAAUACCGUGGAGGACAUUGCAACAGCUCUGAAUCAAAUCAUAUGGAGGAUUCAAGAAGAGUCAUAAUAAUCUCUCAUAUAAGAUUGAGUCAUUUAGUUUCAAAAUGUGUAUUUUCCUUUAUAUUUAUCUGGAAAUAAUUGAAGUACAAACUCAUCUAAUUCCUGUACUUCUUUUACUGUUUCUCGCCUUUUUUAUGUAAGUUGAAUGUUUCCUGUAAUGCAUAUGUUGUUUUUGGCC